AAGCAGUAGCACUUGUCUUGACACGAUUAUAUAAUAUGUCGAUUCAGUUUGUACUGUUUUGUGUGGAAGAAACGCCUCCCACUGGCUGCUAUCACCUAGCUAGUGAAGUGUUUUUUUUUUUCCAUUUUGAAUUUGACUAAAUUUAUACCAUUUUUGGUAUAACGUUAUAUUUAAGUAUUUAUUUUACUUGUUUAUGGUUACAUCGCGAGCCUAUUAUUAGCUAGCCAGCCAUACAGGCUAGCUGGCCGAGGUCUUGUGGAUUGAUAGCCCAGCUAGCGUUAGCUAGGGUCGGGUAGCCAAGUCCAGGGCAUACAGCAACUGCUUUUAAUCCUGUUUUUACUUGUUAAAGAAAAUGAAGAUAACGGUGGAAUUCGAGGAAUGUCUCAAAGACUCUCCAAGAUUCAGGGCCACUGUAGAGGAGGUGGAGGGGGAUGUCGGGGAACUGGAGUCCAAACUUGACAAGCUGGUGAAGCUAUGCAUCGGGAUGAUCGAUGCCGGCAAGGCCUACAACACUGCCAAUAAACAGUUUGUCAAUGGAAUCCGCGAGCUCGCUGCAAGCUCCACCAAAGAUGAAGUCAUUGAGUCCAGUCUCACAAAGUUUGCCGAGAGUCUGCAGGAGAUGAUCAACUAUCACACGAUUUUGUUUGACCAGGCCCAGCGAUCAGUCAAGACCCAGCUUCUAACUUUUGUGAAGGAGGACCUACGUAAGUUCAAAGAGUCCAAGAAGCAGUUUGACAAGGUGAGCGAGGAGAAGGAGGCGGCGCUGACUAAGAAUGCCCAGGUGCCGCGCAACAAGCAGCACGAGGUGGAGGAGGCCACCAACAUCCUGACGGCCACACGCAAGUGCUUCCGCCACAUCGUCCUCGACUAUGUCCUUCAGAUCAAUGUACUCCAGUCUAAGAGAAGAUCGGAAAUCCUCAAAUCGAUGCUGUCCUUCAUGUACGCCCACCUGACCUUCUUCCACCAGGGUUACGACCUCUUCAGUGAACUACAACCUCUCAUGAAACAGCUGGGGGGACAGCUGGACCAGCUGGUGGUUGAUGCAGCCAAAGAGAAGAGGGCCAUGGAGCAGAAACACUCCACCAUUCAACAGAAGGCUGCUCUGCAGGAGGUGACAGAGGUUGAACCUUUUCCCGAUGGACGCAGCUUUUGCGCGUGGAGGUCCUCCGACUUCUCGAAUGACGACACCAAGCUGGAGUACAAUGUGGACGCAGACAAUGGCAUCGCGAUGGAGGGCUACCUGUUUAAGAGGGCCAGUAAUGCCUUCAAGACAUGGAACAGGCGCUGGUUCUCCAUUCAAAACAAUCAGUUAGUUUACCAGAAGAAAUUCAAGGAUAAUCCCACAGUGGUGGUGGAGGACUUGCGGCUAUGCACAGUCAAACACUGUGAGGAUAUCGAACGCCGCUUCUGCUUUGAAGUGGUGUCCCCCACCAAGAGCUGUAUGAUGCAGGCGGACUCUGAGAAGCUGAGGCAGGCCUGGAUCAAAGCUGUCCAGAACAGCAUCGCCACCGCCUUCAGGGAGCAGGGAGAGGACGCUGAGAAGCUGGACCGGAAGUCUUCCACGUCGACUGGCAGCCUGGAAUCAGGCGGCGAGCCCAAAGAAAAGUCACUAAAGGGGGAGAGUGCCCUCCAGAGGGUCAUGGUCAUUGGGGGCAAUGCCUGCUGCUGCGACUGUGGCCAGCCUGACCCUCGCUGGGCCAGCAUCAACCUGGGCAUCACCCUCUGCAUCCAGUGCUCUGGAAUACACAGGAGUCUGGGGGUCCAUUUCUCCAAGGUGCGCUCACUCACCCUGGACUCAUGGGAACCGGAACUACUCAAGCUGAUGUGUGAGCUGGGGAACGGGGUCAUCAACCAGAUCUACGAGGCUCGGAGAGAGGAACUGGGAGCCAAGAAGCCAAGUCCAGCAGACCCCAGGCAGGAGAUCGAGGCCUACAUCAGGGCCAAGUACGUGGACCGGCAUUUCGUGCGGCGCCCGUCUGACGAGGAGCUGCGCUCCAAGGUGGUGUCCCUGUCCAAGCAAGAGAAGAGGCUGAGCAGCAGUUCGGAGCACCUGCCUCCCCGGCCGCCCCCGCCCACGCCCAAACUCCGGCCCGCCUCCAAUUCCUCUAGUCAGUCAGUAAGAAGUGCGGACAGUGGCAUCCAGAACAGUGCUGAUGGGAGUAGGGAGAUGCUGGCCACCAUCCCCUCCACAAACAGCCUGGCUGAAGCAGAAGCUGCUGAGGCGCCUCCCAUGACUAUGCCUGCCACCCUGCCCCCUCCGUCGCCCUGUAAGGAGGUGGUGGUGUUCUCGGAGCCCAAGGAGUACUCCCCGGGACUGCAGCUGUACUGGGCCUCGUGUGCACGCAGCCUGCCUGACAUGGCCGAGGCCCUGGCCCACGGAGCAGAGGUCAACUGGGUCAACACCGACAACGAUAAGAGAACCCCGCUCAUCAUGGCUGUGCAGGGGGGCUCUUUGGUGACCUGUGAGUUCCUUCUCCAAAAUGCGGCCAACGUGAACCAGCAGGACGCCCAGGGCCGAGGACCACUUCACCACGCCACCAUCCUGGGUCACACUGGUCAAGUGUGUUUAUUCCUGAAAAGAGGAGCCAAUCAGAAAGCGGCAGACAUUGAAGAGAAAACGCCACUAUCCAUGGCAGUGGACGCUGCCAAUGCAGACAUUGUCACAUUGCUGCGAUUGGCCAAGAUGAAUGAGGAGAUGCGGGAGGCGGAGGGGCCCUACAUGCAGUCAGGAGAUGAAACCUACCAAGACAUUUUCCAGGACUUUUCCCAGAUGGCGUCAAACGACCCGGAGAAGCUGAACCGCUACCAGCAGUACGACUCGCAACAGAGGCCAUGAGGGAGAUGCUACAACUCAGGAGGACCCGCCUGGAAGUGUGCAGAUAGGUCCGCAAUUCUAACGGGGUGUGCUCAGCACCAGAAGGCCGUUUCUCCAGAACUUCAAUGGCGAAGGUGUCUGUCAUAUAUCGCUUUUUAAUGGUCUACAUUUUUACCCCUCGAGUAAAAAAUACAUUUCAAUGUGGUGUUUUGUUGUUGAUCCAUAAUAAGCACCUUUUGGUAGCAUGUUUUCAUAGCAUUGAUCUAUUGUAUAUUAAGCUACAAGCGAGAUUCAUGUCACAAUGUUAAACAUUAAGGUUAAUGGUCAUCCUCCAGGUAAACAUAUCCUGCCAUCUUACUUAAUUGCACAAGGUCCCACUUUCCUAGUCUUAAGUCAUCACUGAUGUUUACAGUGAAACUUUGAGUCGAUGUAGAGUGCACGUUGCUGGUUUGUCACUCUUCCGAUAAAAGCCCAUAAUGUGGCACAUGCAAAGAUUUUGAUAGUGGGUAUUUUUGAUGACAAUACUUGUGAUUUUAGGGGUAAAAAUGAAUUGUCAGAUACCAGACUAGUUAUCUGUUUGUGUGGGGUAGUGUUUUUGUUUUGUUGUGUGGGGGAAAACAAGCCUUAUGAUGUUUUGGAGUAUCAUUUCAUAUUCAAUCUCAUUUUGGGAUUGAACCCGGAAGCCAGCCGCACCAAUGUGUCGGAGGAAACACUAUACAAGUCAGCGUGCAUGCGCCCGGCCCGCCA